CUUCAGGCAUCGCAUCGUCCUUGCCUCCCCACCCCGCUGCUAGCCAGCGACCGCUCUCUUCGUCCUUCGUUCUUCGCCCUCCUGGCUCGCUGCGUCCGCCAUGUCUCACCUUAUGAGUAAACCGAAGCAGAGACCUUAUUUAUUCGACCUUCCCCGAGCUGCCCAUCCACUGUCGCCACCAGAGACUGACGACAAUGUCACUCAACCCUCUCUGUCCGCUCCUGUGCCCAGCUUCUCUCAGGCAUUGGAAGUCGAGCCUUCAUCCUCCCACGUCUCCGUAACAGAGAUGCCUGCGUCCUCAUACCGGAAACCGUCUUCGGUAACCUAUGUCAACACUGGCUUCAGAGAGGCUCGCGAGCGUGGUCCUCAGAGGAGUCUCAUCAAAUGGCUCGUGGUGGUCAUUCCUCCUGCUUCAUUUUCUCGAGAUCAUGGCCCUCUCGGACACACGCUCUCCUCUGGACCUGUCAACAAAUUGUCGCAAGGCAUCCUCAUGCCCUUGUUCCCUACUAUGGGCGGCCAGCUGGGUGCGAUUGCUCGCGAGUUCAAUUUGCCUAGCACUGCGGGCUUGUGCCUCUACUUGCACACUAGUCACAACGGGAUCCCUCUCUUCCCACGGAUCUCAGACGAAUCAUGGCACUUGCUGUGGGCAAACCUCUUUGAGGCCCGCUCUCCAGCCCCGCCCCAGAGCCAGUUACCUAUCGGGGGUCAGAUAGAGUUUGACAUUGAUCUGAUCAAGGCUCGAUGGUACGAUGCGUGGCUUGCAUCGCCUCGCAAAGACAGAGCGGAUGUGCCUCAAUCCGUUGCACACUCUCGCCGUCCGUCACUGACACACUGGCGGGGUGACAGCAGGACGACAUUCCUUGACGACCAGCUGGAUGAUCGGCUAGAUGAUCAGUCUGUCACUCACAGAGGAGCAUUGAAUGCGCCCAGGAUUGCUCCAAAGAAGUUGUCCCUGUUGGAUCGCUUGGAUAAUGCAUCUGUUCUUUCUGGUUCGAGAACUGGGCGCAAUCUGUCUCCUCCAAGUCCUGGUUACGACGCGCAGACGCGCGCUUUGUCUCCCAUCGUUCAGGAAGACGAGCCCAAGACUGCCCGGAAAGAGCUGGAUACGCUCGUGACUUCAUGGCGCGCAUCUGCAUCUAUCUCCGCCAGCCCGCUGGCCACGACGGGGCAGACCAGCCUUGACCCGGCAAACAUGCCCAACACUCUUGGUGACCUUCCCUCUGCUAGCACAACUGAGCGCUCAGAGCUCAAUUUGGAGGACUACACAUGGUCACCAUCGUCAGCCGGGCCGCAAGAGUACGACAACGAAACUGAUAGUGAGUCGUGGCGACUUCCAUCGCCUGACAUCGCGGGACGCGCUAUGUCCGAUGCACCACUUACGCCCAUGACCGCCACGAGUUGGGGCGCUCCGUUAUCGUACCCAGCAUCCCCGCUCGAUGCCGGUUCAGAGUAUGCGCAGUCUGUCGACGUGGCUGUGAGAGCCAUGUCCAGUCGCCCGGCGACUCCUACAACUGCGACGUCCUGGGGCCCGUCUUCCCACCCAGUUUCUCCCAUGCCGCAGCAGCCUGAGCUCCGUGUGCCUUCGCCCGAUCUUGGUGACCGCGGACUGCCCAGCGUCCCUGUCACACCGUCGACUGCCACUUCGUGGGGCCCUCCAUCUCCCGCAGCUACGUCUCCUGCGCAAAGCGAGUUCCGAGUUCCGUCACCCGAUCUUGGUGCGCGGGGCAUGUUGAGCGUGCCUGUUUCGCCGCUGCCUGUGAGAUUGCGCAAACGGGAGGCAGUGCCCGAGUCCUCGCAGGACGGAGAAGAGGAGACUCAACCUUUCAAGAACGUAUGGCCUUAUCAAGGAGCAGAAGCUGACCAUGAGGAGACCAAAAGCGAGGCAUCCGUGGUUUCGCAUCUCGCGUUCCCGUACUACGAUGCAUCUAGUAAGAAUGUCGCCAGUGACGAAGGUUCGCGAGUAUCCGAAGACGAGGUGGAAGAGCCAGAUGACGAUUCCGUGAAGCUCUUUUAUCCGUAUAAAAACAUGCCUCAGCAGGAGCCGUGGAGUCACGUCUCGUCGCCUGAAGUGGCAGAGAAAUCUUCCGAGGAGCAAGCUGAAGACGACUCGUCGAAACUGAUCUUCCCGUAUUACGACACACAGGAUGAGGUGCGGACGCAUGUGUGGCCAUACCAAGCAGGCGCGGAGAGCGCCGAGGAGGAAGCCGACGACAGUUCGUCUAAGCUAGUCUUCCCGUACUAUGAGGCGUCCAAUGAGGUUCGAACACAUGUGUGGCCAUAUCAAGCGAGUGCGGAAAGCUCUGACGCUUCAGGAGAGGAAGAGGCUGAUCCGUCGAAGUUGACUUUCCCGUGCUAUGAUGCCUCCGAGCGUGCGUGGACGAAUGUGUGGCCUUAUCAAGCACAGGCUAAUCCAACGCACUACCCGCAGUUCAACUUGUAUCCUGCCGUCUACCCCCACUUCGAGUUGUACCCAUCUGCAGUGCAGGUGGCGGAUCAUUCGCCCGAUAAAGAGGUGUCCGUCGUCUUUCAUGCUCAAUAUCCGACUUUCAACCUAUAUCCUGCUGUGUAUCCUCACUUCGACAUAUAUCCGGCGAUCGCUGGAGAAGUUGCUCCGAAAACGCAGGCUGUCUCCAAGCCGGCUGCUUCGCGAUCGCGCUCUCCAGUGCGUGCAGCUGCGGACUACCCCGGGUUUGUCCUAUAUCCCCCAGUAUAUCCGUGGAAUUUGCAGGAGAUCUACCCUGCAACUGCGAAGUCCAACAGUCAACCGCGCAAUUGGCAGCCAAGAGCCCGCCCCAAUGCCACUACCGCGACAAGUGUGGGAUCCAGCGCUGCGUAUCCUACCUUCCAGCUUUACCCUGCGAUGUCGCCACGCACUCCGACCAGUGUCGCUUUGGGGGAAAUGGCUCUGCCAGGGCAUGAACAGCUCCCGUCGGUCGAAGUGCACUUGUCUAGUGGAUAUCCUCACUUGGAUAUUUAUCCUGCUGUCUAUCCUCACAAUCUCGAGCAAAUCUAUCCGGCGCACGUUGCUGAUGAAGAUACGUCUCCGGACAAUGAGAUCCGUGUGAACACGCGAGCGCAAUAUCCUUCCAUCGAGUUGUAUCCGGCCGUAUAUCCGCACAGCCUGCAUGACAUCUAUCCCGCGAGGCUAACGGAUGAAGUCUCGUCUGACGUGGAGACGCGAUCUCGGCCUGGGAGGCAUGCAGAGAUUCAAACGAAGCCUUCAGCCAUCGCUUCACGUCCAUCUAUGACUACCGAGGCUCUGACAGCAUUUGUGUCGAUGGCGGCUGUCUCUAGCAACUCUGUAUCCCAAAAACAAUCGGAAAUAUUCUCCAUCGCAUUAGAUGCGUCCUAUCCCCACUUUAGACUAUACCCUGCUGUAUAUCCCGAUAAUCUCAAGGAAAUCUAUCCUCCCAUAGUCGUCGCUGAGCAAUCAACGCAUGGAGACAUGCCAUCACCCAUGCGCUCUGUAGCAUACCCCCAUAUCAAUAUCUAUCCCGCAGUGUAUCCUCACAACCUCACAAGCAUCUACCCAUCAUCUGGAUUGCAACAUGCUCUCACGUCUAUGCAUGAUUCGAUAAAGGCUGCUUCUCCUCAAGCAUCGUCUGAAUAUCAAGCUAUAGCGGAAACCCACACAUCGUCCCCAUACGCCUAUCCCUUUGUCUUCCCUUAUUACUUCGUCUACCCUCACCUGACAAUAUAUCCAGCACCAGCUGCACAGUUGGAAACGGCCGCCUCGCAGUACGUCGCGGAUGUGAAGGAGACCAGCUACCCGGUCUUUGAUAUUUAUCCUUCCGUGUACCCCAAUCUGGUGAUCUAUCCCCCAGUCUGGCGGUUUAGCGAGACUUUGAAGCAGCGACAGGAAGUAGAUCGUAAUGAGACGGCCCUUAUUUUCGGGCCUCCUCAGCUGCCAAACCAUGAGCCUCGACGGAAACCAGAGUUGAUUCAUUCUGUCCUGAAUGAGCAGGCCUCUGGUGCCUCCACAGAGUCCGCUUCUCCUGAAAGCGAUUCUGUGAUGCCUCUGCCGGCUAUUUCUCCUAUUGUACCCGUUAUACAGCCCGCCCCUCCACCAGUACAUGCGCGCCGUCGUUCACGGGCUGCUUCUGUCAGCGUUCCGCCUCCUCCUCCUCCAAAGCCGGUAGGUAUGCAUGUUAGCGUUCCUUCUGGUAACGUUAUUGGGCAGUCCACGAUCCCACGGUUAUCGAUGGCCGGUGGGCCGUUGUCUGGACGAGGGUUACCUCCGCAUCCAGCUGUGCACCGCAGGAUGUCUGUGGCUAUGCCUAAUGCACGGCGCGUCUCUUCUGCGGUGUCGAAACUACCCAUUCUGGUGGAGCCAGACGAGGACGCAACUCAAAUCAAACCUGCCGCCAAGCCGGCUUCCUUGAGACGACCUCUGCAUGCCUCGAGGUCCUCGCUUGACCAAGGCCAGUCGGCGGUUCACAUUGAUGCCGCCAGCCCUUCCAAGGCAUCGCCAGUUACUCAAACGAGCUCUGCAACACUGCCGCCUAGGCCAACCAUGCUUGAUGUCGGUACAUCGGAGCUGAGUCGAUCCAAGACAAUGCCGAGCUCGAGAACACGGGGAAAGGCAGUAUUGGAAAGGGCGAGAGCGUUCGACCAGUCGCGUUCUGCUACGCCGAGCGACGAUUCGCAGUUGCGUCUUAACACGUCGGCUCCAGUGCCUUCUCGACCUGCAGCGCCAUCCUCACCCACCGGGCGACCGAUAUCGAAGUUGGACCGAUCCAAAUAUCCGUUCUCAUAAGCUAUAUUCAUAAUACAUCGGCGGCAUAUUUUAAAAGGAGGGGGCACAUCUUUCGCGUGUCAUUACACCUUAUUUUUCGCCGUGUGGCUCCCUAAUCUUUUUGAUACCUAUAGCAACCUCCUGUACACAUAGCAAUACGUUACAGCAUAAAUCAUUGAAACGCUAUGAGCGUAGACCUCGAAAGCUUUUAUCAACCAAUGUAGCUGACCGGCUUGGACCUCAUGUGGCCCGUCGGUUGGGCGUUAGCAUACAGCAACUCGCACAAACUCGAUAUACUAGGUGACUUCCUUCUGAUCUUCAAUCUCUCAUUGCUGCCAGCCCCUGCUUCUAUAGGAUAUGCAUCCAAGGGCGAUUUCGCGCACCUUGAGGCCGGACUUGCCCAUGUGGACUUGUGAUAUGUUUUAGGUCAGAGCAGUAAUUGACUGCCAGC